GGAAAGUGGACGCUCGGAACCAAGAUUGGCUCAGGCGCUUUCGGAGUGGUCCACGUGGGUAUGAAUACGCAGACUGGUACAUUCAUGGCGGUCAAGAGCAUUCGCAUGGAGCGUGCCGUCAUGAAAGACGUUCGUCGAGAAAUUGACUUAUUGAAAUCCAUCCAGCAUCGCAACGUGGUCAGAUACUACGGCGCGGAGAUAGACGCAAAGUAUUUACACAUUUUUCAGGAAUGGGUGUCCGGUGGGAGCGUUACCGGUAUGUUGUGCAAAUUUGGAGCCUUUGCACCCGAAGUGCUGCGCAGUUAUUUGUGCCAAAUUUUGGAAGGACUGUCGUAUCUACACUCCAACGAUAUCAUGCACCGCGAUAUCAAAGGGUCCAACAUCCUCGUCAGUAACGAAGGGGUCGUGAAGCUGGCUGAUUUCGGCGCUAGCAAAAAGCUCGCCAAGCUUCAGGGGGAGGCAAUGAUGAGUCUCACCAUGCGUGGGACGCCCUACUUUAUGGCACCCGAGAUGUUUGAAGAAAGAUACAAUCUGAAUGCAGAUAUAUGGAGCGUUGGCUGCGUAGCGGUACAAAUGGCAACCGGGACGCCACCCUUUAAGGACUUGGGUCUGAGCAAUCCGGUGGCGCUCUUUCGGUACAUCAAGAAGCUUGACGGCGCUCUGCCUUGUCUGAAAAAGCUCCCUGUCACGGACGAUACGCGACUAACGUACCAAUUGUUCGAGCGUUUUCUCGUGCGGUGUUUCUGUCCUGACCCACAGAAGCGACCGAAGGCAGAGGAGUGCUUGCUGGAUCCUUUCUUUGUC